GAUUUUCUGCUCUGACACAGCGGUCAGUCCACCUCAUCUUUCCACCACCAGACCACUCAAAGACGCGGUACUUUAACGCAGCACUGUUACCGACAUAAUGUCAGAUUUCGAGGAGUUUGAGAAGCAGCUGAGCGAGAACCGACAAGAGCGAGAAAGAGAGAGGCAUAAAAAGCGAAGUCGCAGUGGAUCAACGGGCCGAGGCGACAAACAUCGCAGCUGGAGCAAAGAUCGAGGGAGUCGCAGCCGAGAGAAGAGGAGCCGUAGCCGGGACAAGAAGAGCCGGGACCGCCGCAGCUCCUCACGGGACCACAAGAAGCACAGCCACUCUCCAAGGAGAACAAAGAAGAAAAGGACCUGUAAAUACUGGGAUGUGCCACCUCCUGGCUUUGAACACAUCACUCCAAUGCAGUAUAAAGCUAUGCAAGCGGCCGGUCAGAUCCCCACAAUAGCUCUGCUGGCAACAUCCAUCACCACCGGCGUGGCGGCAGCGCCAACGCAAGUGCCCAUAGUUGGCAGUCAGAUGACGAGACAAGCCAGACGUCUCUACGUUGGAAAUAUCCCCUUUGGAGUAACGGAGGAGUCCAUGGCUGAGUUCUUCAACGCUCAGAUGCGUCUCGCGGGCCUCUCACAAGCCCCGAGUAACCCGGUUCUUGCUGUGCAGAUUAAUCAGGACAAAAACUUUGCUUUCCUAGAGUUUCGAUCUGUAGAUGAGACGACGCAGGCCAUGGCGUUCGACGGCAUCAUUUUCCAGGGUCAGUCGCUGAAGAUCAGACGACCUCAUGACUAUCGGCCUUUACCCGGAAUCUCAGAGCAGCCAGCUUUCCACGUUCCAGGUGUUGUCUCCACAGUCGUCCCUGAUUCCCCCCAUAAACUCUUCAUCGGAGGCCUGCCAAACUACCUUAAUGACGACCAGGUUAAGGAGCUCUUGAUGUCAUUCGGGCCUCUCAAAGCCUUCAAUCUGGUGAAGGACAGUGCCACAUCACUGUCAAAAGGUUACGCUUUUUGUGAAUAUGUGGACAUCAGCGCCACUGAUCAGGCGGUCUCGGGGCUCAAUGGGAUGCAGCUGGGAGACAAGAAGCUGAUCGUCCAGAGGGCAAGCGUGGGAGCUAAAAACGCCAAUCCUACCUCCAUCAUAGAGACCCCAGUCACGCUACAGGUGCCUGGGCUUCAGAGGCUGCACAACUCUGGCCUGCCCACGGAGGUGCUGUGCCUUCUCAACAUGGUGAUGCCAGAAGAGCUGGUGGACGACGAGGACUAUGAGGAAAUCCUGGAGGACAUCCGAGAGGAGUGCUGCAAGUACGGUAGCGUCCGCUCCAUCGAGAUCCCCCGACCCGUAGACGGCGUGGAGGUUCCCGGCUGCGGAAAGAUCUUCGUGGAGUAUGUUUCUGCUGCAGACUGUCAGAAAGCCAUGCAGGCCCUCACAGGCCGCAAGUUUGCCAACAGAGUGGUGGUCACCAAAUACUACGAUCCCGAUAUGUAUCACAGACACGAGUUUUGACGGUCUUUCCGUUUGUCAGCUGGGUGUCGGCAUGUUUCGUUCCUCUUCUGAAUGUUGUGAUUCUGACUACAACCGGAAGAGACUGCAGUGUGUUUCUUCAGGUUUGGAUAACUCCCAGCUUGGCCUAAUCCCCCAAACACCGAGCUGAACUAAUUCAGAGUAAAAAAAUAAAUCCUGUAGUGUACUUUACAUCCACAGUAGAAUGAAUGUGACAUGUAUCUAACCUAAACUAAUACUGCCUGACGAACGCCAGAGUAGACGUCUAUGGAGAAUGCACUAUAUGAAAAAAACAACACAAAAAAAGUCAAAUGUUUAGAUUUUUCUUCUUGAGCACAAACAUUUAUUUCUGUUUUAGAUCUAGAUUUCAGAAGCCAUUACAACGGUCUUUGUGUGGCUAUGAGCAAAAGUUAAAAAGUAUAUUUAUUUAUCUAUUUAUUUUCCUAAAGUCAUAUUUCAUGUUAUAUGCUCCACAUAUUGUUUCCUAAACAUAUACAGGCUGUUACCUGAACUGCUUAUUUAAACCAUAUGUUGACUUGUUUCUGUGAACAGCCUCAGAGGGAAUUUUGUAAAUAUAAAAUUGUCAUGUCUAAAUAAAUUUAAAAAAAAAAAAAAGAAAAGACAUUUGAUUAGCAAGACUCUUUGUUACAACAAAAAAUUUAAAUUAAAAAGUUGAUAUCAACUAGUAAUAAACAGGCUGUGUGAAUGAACAAACAGCAAGGUUUGGUUGAUGAAGUUGGAUCUGCUGAUCGGGACGCUGACAUUUGUCGAAGCCCUGACUGAGAGGGCGUUGCUUAGCAACAAUAACACUGUUGUAAUGAGAUCGAUGCAUGGGUGCUUCUUAAAGUCAGCCCUCAGCUCAGUGGAAUUUCAUCAGAUCUGGAUGAAGGACUGCUCCGAUGACUUCAGAUAGACCAGGGGUCUCAACUCAUUUUUAGUUCAGGGCGCCCCAAACUCUGCAAUUUGAUCUCAAGUGGACCAGACCA